AUGACCGGAAUUAUCAGAUUGUUCUCCAAAUUAUGGAAUUCGGAGAAAGAAAUAUCAGAAUCAGCUAGUUAUAUUGGGGAAGUUUUUGAUGAUAAUAGUGAGGGACAAUUAUUUUUUGAUACAGUUAUUUCUAGGUUCGAAAAUUAUGAUAUAUCGAACCGAGCUCAUCAAAACAAAUAUUUUUCGACAGAUAUUGAUUAUAUUAUUGAAUGUGCACUAACAAGUUUAACAUCAUCGGAACAUUCUGAACGAUUGUCAAAGCAAAUUGAUGCAUUUUUUUAUAUUUAUCGUCGAGUUGUAGAAUACAAUUCUUAUCAUAAAAAAUCUGACUCUCAGUUGAAAGAAUUUCAAGAAAAACUACUUCAGGAAUCAGGAAAUGCGUUCAAAUCAACAAAAGGUUCGAAACCGUGUCUUUCUAUAACAAACAAAGAUUUGAUAGAACGGAUGAAUAUUCAACAACAUCUAGCUGCAAUUACAGAAAUCAAAGAUAUAGAAAAAUUAUUUACAUUCUUCGCUCUUUGCAAUUUAUCAUUCCAAUCAUCGUUACUGGUCUACGGUGACAUUCGUCUUCAGUGGAUUAAUAUAUUAUCGAAAAUACGCCAGUGGAAAAUUUCACUCGUUAGUUUUAUUUCCCAUUACAUAGAAUAUAAACUAGUAUUCGAAAGAUUUCCAUUCGACAUACCUGCGUUAAUACAUCUUAUACGGGUAAUCCAUCACUCAAAGAGCACUGAUGUAUCACCGUUUGAUAUUUUCCAUAGCAUUCUAAAUGAAUUGAAUUUAGAUCAUAAAGAGUUCUUUAAUCUAUUUCUGACUACAUUUGGUGAAGGUGUAAAAAAUAAACGUUACAAAGAACCCCACAUUUGCCAACUACUUCGAUUGCUAACCGAACGAGAAGAUUUAUUAAGCAUGUAUUUAUCUACAUAUGCAUCACAUGUAUCAAUAUAUGAUUUAUGGGACAUGUUUUUAUAUCUGAGCACGGCUGGUGAGAUUAAUCAAACAAUGGAAAAACAACUUGUUUUGAUUUUAAAUCAGCGAAUUGAAAAAGUUUCAGUUGUAGCUUUCAAAGCAAAUUAUAAGUUGGCUGAUACAUGUUUAAAAGAAAUCAAAGAUGAAAAUCAUCCAACUUUUAUUAGAAUAGUUGACACAGUACUAUACACAUUUCUCAACAAACAGCUUAAUGAUGAUCAAUACUCCUGGAAAUUCACGUUGUAUGAUUUACAAGACUUACUGGGUAUUACUCUUAGAUUUUUGUCGACAAUUGAUCUUCAACAACAAUCUUGUUUACUUAUUAUCCAACAUUUAUUUAAACUGGAUAAGAAUGUAACAACAAAGUUUACAAGAAUAAAAGAUCUAUUUAAAAGAUUGAAUGAUCUUGAUCAAAAUUUAUGUGAAAGAAAUGAUCCUGCUUGUAUCAUACGGGAUGAAUGGUUAAAUGACUAUAGUUUUUAUAUUCCCCAAGAUUGGUUGACGUUAACCAAAAAUGAUUAUCAAACUCUUAGAGCUAUUCAUCACAACAAUCGUUGGUCAAUUCAUAUUUGGUCAAGACUUAUUAUCUUGAGUCUGUCGAAAUUAGAAGCCAAUAAAUGGAACGAAACGAUUUCACAACUAAAUCACUGGAUGAUCAGUGUCAAGCAUGAUAUUUUCGAGGUCAACGAUACUUUAACAAUUAUUUUCGUUAAGAAUAUAUUUGAUAUUGUUAUUUCCAAGCAUACAAAAUCUGUUUUGUUUGCUUCGAAUAUCGAAUCGAUCCUGAAUUAUAUUCUGCACGCUAGCCAAGACAAGCAUUAUUUAAUCGAUAUAAAACAAGUAGAUGAUUUCAUUCAGAACGUACACCAUUCGAUCAAGGACAUUUUAUCACUCAAUAGUAAGUUCAGUUUAUUAGAAUUUCUUAUCGUAAACUUGUAA